AGUAAAGCAGGCUGCUUUUCAAUUCUUAAAAUCGCAAACUUGCGAAAACAACUCAUUCACGUUAAAUUUAAGAAUAUGUUGUUUUUAUUUACGUCUAUUUUUUUAAAGAAUUCCGGUUAGGAGAAUUACAGAGAUUUGAACAAUGGCAGCCACGAAAGAAAUGUUCCUUACCGCGUUUAUCCUGAUAGUUACAAUUGGACUAGCUUCGGGAGACUGCGAUAGUGUAGCCAAACAAUGCUAUGCAACAUUCAAUCAAACUGUGAAUCAACACCCGACAGACAAAGUUGUCAUAUGCAG